ACCACCUUUCUUCCUUCCCCGCCCACUUUCCUUUUCCCCGCGAUGGAGUCGCCGCGCCCAAAGUCAUAAAUACCUACCUCCUCCGCACCAAUCUUUGUCCACUCCUCCCAAGUUCCAAGAAUCCUCCUCGCUUUCCCCGACGCACACAAAGCUAGGACCAUGGCGCCAGCCGGAGGACGCACUACCCAUCUCCUCCUGCUCGCCCUCUUCCUGUCCUUCGUCCUCGCCUCAUCCGCGGCUGCGAGCUACCCAGAGCACCCAGGCCAGGGCGCCGGGGGAUUCUUCAGCGGCAUACCGUGGUUCCGCGGCGGCCAGCCGGGUGGCGCUCGAGGUGCCGGAGGCAUGGGCGCCGGGUUCAGUGGCGGGUGGGGCGCCGGCGGCGUUGGGCCAGGGGGAGGGUUCGCGCGGCGCGGGAUCGUGCAGCCGUCCGUGGUCUGCGCCGAGCAGGGUCCCUGUUACCAGCAGCGGCUCACAUGCCCGUCCAAGUGCUUCAGCUCGUACAGCUACCAUGGGAAAAAUGGCGGAGGAGGUGGUGGCGGCGGUGGGUGCAGCUUCGACUGCACCAGCUGCGAGGCCCACUGCUGAUCCAACCAACCAACCUACGGCGGGGGAGAUGGGUGACUGGAGACGGAUCGCUGCACACUCACAUACACAUCCAGGACGAGACUGCCAUGAACUGAUGAAUUAAGCCCACUAGUUGUACUUGUAGCAGCAGUAGUAUCCUAUUCCCUAUGCAUGAUGUGAGAGCAUAGGGUACGUGUGUGUAUCUAUGAAUAAAAAUGGAUGUAAUAAACUGAGCGAUGGUUUUGAGGCUU